CAAUGCGCACAAUCAAUCAUUAUAGUCCUAGAAUGGCGACUGCUGCGUGCGGUCGUCAGUGUAAAACAGGCGGUAAUACUGCCAAAUCACAAAAAGAACACCUGCGAAAAGGUAAAGACUCACAACGGAGACAGGCGGCUCUUUCUUUCCUGAACAACAUAUCUCUAGACGGACGGCCUUUAUAUCAUCUCAGCAAUGGAAACCUCGGUCAAAGGGACGCCGCCGAGCUCCGAAGUCGAGACGCCGCCGGGGCACAGGCGAUUGGACACACUCAAUUUUCACCGUGCACCUACGGAACCUUCCCCCAUGUAUCACCCUACUUGGCCGGUGGCGCUGCUACUACUGUGGCGGGGAUUGGGGGACUGAGCCCAGUCCUACCUAAUUUGGGUAUGUCUACAGACACUGGCGCAAGUGUUGCUGUGGGGUGCCGUGAGGUGUUGUUUGAGGGUGUAGACACCAUAGUUCCCCCAGAUACCCCCCUGUCCCCCAUUUCUGGACCUCAGACCUUCAAUCCAAUUGCCAAAUCGCCAUCUGUGCUCCAGACUCUGAAUUCCGUGCCGGGGGAUACACGUCAAAGGUCACGGAAUCAUUCGGGCUCUCCAGGACCCGCAAGGGUGGCCAAGAAGGUCCACUUUAUCAAGAGUAUGAGGCAAUAUGACACACGAGGCAGCAGGAUUAUGCUGAUUUGUGCCAAGCGGUCUCUAUGUGCUGCUUUCUCAGUGCUGCCCUAUGGAGAAUGUAUUCACCUCAGUGACCCAAAGCUGGAUGCUCAGAGACAACGGCUGUCCUCUGGGGUUGGCUCUGACCUGUUCCCUGGCCUGGAGGGCCUUGGGGUGGAGCUAGGGGCAUAUGGAAAGACGGUAUCGUACGCCCGAUUCCUUUUCCCAACUAAUGCCCUGGUGAGGUCGAAGAGCAGUGGACCACUAGAGCCCAGCACAACACAGACACCCCUAUCCCGUUACCGAGGCAACGGCCAGAAGAACUACACCAACCCGUCUCGACUCAACAGCACCAUAGGACAGGAUCCGAGUAUAGAAGACCUGGCAGACUAUGAUCCCUACCUACUCAGUGACCCUCAGUGGCCUUGCGGGAGACACAAGAGAGUUCUUAUAUUUGCAUCCUAUAUGACGACUGUUAUUGAGUACGUGAAGCCGUCGGACCUGAAAAAAGACAUGAAUGAGACGUUCAAGGAGAAGUUCCCCCAUAUCAAACUGACCCUCAGCAAGAUAAGAAGCCUGAAGCGGGACAUGCGUGCGGUGGGAGAGGAGUGCAGUCUGCAGCCCGUCACGGUGGCCAUGGCCUUUGUGUACUUUGAGAAGCUGGUGCUGCAGGGCCGCCUGAACAAGCAAAACAGGAAGCUGGUGUCUGCUGCCUGUGUCCUGCUGGCAGCCAAGAUCAGCAGUGAUCUGAAGAAGCAGGAGGUCCGACAGCUGAUUGACAAGCUGGAGGAGCGUUUUCGUAUAAACCGGCGGGAGUUGAUUCCAUUGGAGUUCCCUGUCCUGGUUGCCUUGGAGAUGGGGCUCUACCUCCCUGACAGCAAGGUCAUGCCGCACUACCGCAGGCUGGUGCAGCAGGGCUAGGCUGGAGCCUGGAGGUGGCCUGAAUCACUGGCCUGGGUCCAGUUUGGAUAUUUAAGUCCUGAUGAUAUUGAUUGGAAAUGCUGAUCCUGGAUCAUCACCUGGAGGGAGGCAUUUUCUUCCCUAGAAUAUGUUUAGGUGAAGCAGACAUGUCCCUUAUUCAA